GGAAAUACUUCGGAUCAAUCUUUAAUUACUACCUAUUAGGUAAGCUCUGGGAGGACCGAGUGCACUAACAAAUAACAGACUGCAGAUGGCCUGAGCUUAUUUUCUCCAGCUGAAAUUCAAAAGCUGGGCCGAGCCGAGGCAACUGCAAGGCGGAGAGGUAAUGGUAAUGACAGAAGCGUAGGAAGUAACGACGCGAUGGAGCCUAACAAUUAAACGUGGUCGAACAGCUCAUGGUUACUUUCGCCCUUCCCACAACUACAACCACAACUACAACCACAACUACCUCUUAUCACAAUUACGACAUUUCAAUUACGAUUAUAAUCCAAUCAAUUGUACAGUCGCGAACUACGCUACACUUUGAUUGAUUCGUCUUUUUCUUCUUUACUUUUCUCAUGUUUUAAUUUGAAUCUCACCCCAUUUAUACAGUGUAAUAAUAUACCCCCAUCAUGUCGCGAUCUAUUGAUCAUUUCAAAGGUGGCGCAUCACGACCACCCGAUAAACCUCAGAAACCGACCCAGAGCAAGUUCUCGACACCUCCUCAAUGGCUCAAUAUCUAUGGCGACUUCAUCACGAAGAACGCCCAUCAAGUUUCCCAGAUCGAGAGCGCAUUACGAUCCCUAACGUAUAUUAUACCCGGUCGAUUUCGUGACGCUGAGAUCGCCUCGGAGACCCUGCACUCGGGUAUCCAGCUACUAUCCCUCUAUCACGAUGCUGUCCUCCGAGGCGCUGUAACGAAAAUCCCCGCACUAGCUUCCAAAAUACCAAGCCCACAUACCCGCUACACCAGAUUUUGGGCAGGAAAGAGUAGGUUAUAUCGAAGAAUAGCCCUGUUGCUACAAAUCGUUCAGUAUACCGAAUUAUUGUGGGAGAUGGCCGCCAAACGUAAGGGGGAGAAAGUUCGUUGGCGUGUUAUCAUCCUUUUGGAGAUUAUUAAAGCCUUCUGUCGCCUGUUAUUAAUGAGAGUCACCAAUUCAAGACCGCUCGUUACACCAGCAUUACCAGAACGAGACCCAAUUCCCCAGGAAGUGGACGAAAAUGACGAUGCGGCGCUAAAGGAGCUAAUGGGUGAAGAUACGUCCUCCGUGGAGAUGGAAGAAUCUACCAAGAGUGCCCACGAGAAAGAAUGGACGAUGCCACGAACCGGCGCCAGUCUUCCAAGCUUACCAAAUCCUGGAGAUAUCAGCUCUUAUUUGAUGAGCCGGGUCUUAACAGCAGACGACAUCAAACCCGCAGCAAAGCUCCUAAACACGCUAUCUGGCUCCGGACAGACUGCCGAGAUAUUACACAUUCUCGCCCCCUUAGUAUACGCCAUUGCAUUGUCAAGGUGUAAAGAUAAGAAGUCUUGGACGCCUUGGAUACUCGGGCUAAGUAUGGAAUACGCAGCGCGACAGUUACGCGACCGGGGUCUACGCAGCACUGCUCUAGAGAACGAAGAAUGGGGUAAGAGGUAUUGGGCGGCCGGUUGGUGGACUAUGAGGGGUGCUUUCUAUGAGCAUGUCACCAAGGGCCUUAUAGGUGGAGUGCGUCGUCGUAUGCCUAGUCUGGUCGCGGGCAUACUGGAAGAUUACGAGUACCUGUGGGAUAAUUAUUACUUCAGCACCAGUGCUUGAUGGGUCUAAUGAAGACCAAUUAACACUCCCUGGGAAUUCUCAGUCAUGCGGUGUGUGGUAUGUUAUGGAAUCUUGCGGCUCAGGUUGAACCUGUCUCUUGUCUUCAAUAAUUACCUAUGCAUCACUGGCCUCAUUUCUCUUUCCAUACGACGAUACCCACCAAACAUGCCGAUUACAUUCACAAUUUGCCAAAUUAAAAAUUUGGCGUCGGCUUCGUGGAUAAGUAGUGAAGGGUUAAAUUUCAACACUCAUCAGGAAACUCAGACCUCCGGAUAUAUUCGUAUGGAUACGGAGUAUCUGCGAUAUUUCACUUUAUCCUCUCUUUAUAAGCGACAUACUAAUAGUCGACGAUUGCAUAUCAGUCGAUAUUUAACGACGAAUUUGUAUACUGACGCUCGCCUAACUCCAAUGCCCUAUCGUGAGGCAUUCGAGCCAACUUGUUGAGGGUGCUCCUUUGACACGUGAGAAAAGAAUACAAGAUCGGAGGCACAGGAAAUAGAUAUUUAAAGUACAGCAGUUAAGUUUGGUCUUCGAUUGGUCUCAAUAGAGAAACAUUAUAGCAUAUAGUAAUCGCUUUAGUAUCAGGAGCAAGUUGUAAGAUUAGUAACAGAGGACAUAUUUAGGUAG